UAGUAGACGUUACGGCGGCCGUUACGACGCUCUUCGCUCACUCUGUGAAAGCCUAAAAUUACGACGAGUUUUUCCAUUAUCGACACAUUUUUAACUCACGUGCUCUCUUUAAGACUGUGUGUUGUUUUUUUGCGAAAGACAAAGUUUGGGUGCACCAUGACACCCCAACUAGCAUCAUCAUUAUAGACUCGUAAAGUGUGGUGUAGUUUUUUUUUUGGUUUGUUUGAACUUUCCAGGCGAGCAACAUGCAGCACGUGACGGGAUCUCCGCAGCACUUCUGCUUGCGCUGGAACAACUACCAAACGAACUUGACGAACGUCUUCGACGAACUGUUCCAGAGUCAGUCGUUCGUGGACGUGACCCUGGCGUGCGAUGGACAAUCGGUUAAGGCCCACAAGAUGGUUUUGUCCGCGUGCAGCCCCUACUUCCAGUCGUUGUUCGUCGAAAAUCCCUGCCAGCACCCCAUAGUUAUCCUAAAAGACAUUAAAUGGCCCGAACUUAAGGCGGCCGUGGAGUUCAUGUACAAAGGCGAGAUCAACGUAUCCCAGGAGCAAAUCGGACCGCUACUAAAAGUGGCCGAGACCCUUAAAAUCAGAGGAUUAGCCGACGUUAACGGGGAACAAGACAUAGCAGCCGCCUCCGGUGAGGUGACGGCCAGACCAGCUUCGAAACCUGCCGCACCGCCAACCCCCACGAUCACUCCUGAAUGGGGUAGAGCGGUAGACUCGAGGAACUCCGAGCAGCCCUCCUCACACCAAAUGAACUCGCAGCAAGAUUCGGAAGCCCAAAGGGCGGCAAAGAGGCGGCGUAGGUCCGGCGAACGGAGUAACAUGAGCAGUCCGGCCGAGAGCGGCAGCACUGAGAUCCCAGAACCGCCGCCCUCGGUGGAGAUGUCACCUGCACCGCCGGCCACCCCGUUAACCGGCGGCACAUCGGUGGAAACGUUGCCGUUACCGUUAAAUUUGCAACCGGGACAACCCCAAGUUGGACACGGUCAGCCGUCGGUGAAUCCAGACGAUAUGGAAAUCAAGCCUGGUAUUGCCGAGAUGAUUCGUGAGGAGGAAAGGGUACGUAUAUAAGGCGUCAUACAUCUUCGACCCGGAACCCUCGGGUGUCAAGCAAAAGAAAGAAUCAAGCCUUAUGGCCGCGGUAUGUAAAUUGGACGUUUUUCAUAAUUAAACCUUUUUCUUCCUCGGGCCCGGGCUCGCGC